AUGGACACCUCCAUGAGCCAGGGUGGAAUGUAUGCUCCCCUGCGUGCGAAUAUAGAGAACUGGCUUUCCGACGACGACAUUCCGUGGACUGGGGUAGUAGACGACCAUAUCAAUACCCCAGAGCCUCAACGUCCGCCUACGUCCACGAAUAGGAUCGAUGCGCCAGUAACGAACGGAAAGUCUCGCGCCGCCAAACGUAAAUUCGGACUGUGCGAGCGUGUCGACCGCAUCGCCAAUACGCUCGAUCCUAAUCUCAGCGACCAUCAUGAUUACCACUCAACCGAAACUGUUCAUGGUAUUCCAUCUAGCUCAGCAUAUAUCGCCAAGCCUACAUCGGAAGCUGGGGCCGCUGGGGGUUCAACGAAUGCUCCAGACCGCGACCGGCGUACACAACAAGGCUCUGGUGCAAAAAAACGCGGUAAGGUGAUCGCCACAAAUAAUCAAAAACGAACGAGAAAGAUACCACCUCAAGGUGCCGGUGAUGAUGAGGAGGACGAAGAGAAUGAUCAGGGUUGGAGGGACCCGAGGGGGUAUCCUUGUACUCAUUAUCUGGCCGUGGCCCAUAAAAACGACAGCGACUUUCAGCCGGGUGGGGAUUAUCAUGAAUGUAGUUUGCAAGGCUCAAACAGAGUAGGUCAACAUAUCUCGAGAAAACAUGUUGUAACGUGUGGCUGCGGGGUGAAGCAUAAGGAUACUCAACCAGCGAAGUUGGAGCACGACCAGACAUGUCCUAACGCUAACCCAGGCCCAGAUCAACCCCAACCCAAUGGGAAGACUGACAAACAGCCGCGCUGUCGGACUUGGGAUGACUACUUUAAAAUGGGCCUUGGCUCCGACCCGUCAAUGUAUCUAUACGCAGAUACCUAUGUCAGAUUUUGUAAAGCUAUGCCUGCGAUUACUAAGGCUUGGUCAAGCUUCGCGGAAAGGGAUGAGGGAGUUGCAGAGUUGAGGCAACGAUUUCUCGAGUCGCCCGAAUUCAAGCAAUUUAUCGCAGAAAACGAGGUUAUGAAGAAAUUCAGCCCUAAACAUCCUCUUUAUGAUCAUUGGGAUUUCGGGGAAAUUGUUUGGAGUAUUUCAUGGUUUCCUCGCCGCCCCAAUACCCCCACCCCCACCCCCGCCCCUGCAUCAACAGUAUCUGUUGCGGCUCCUGACCCACCUGUUACGGCCUAUCGUGAUGCUGAGGCAGAACGUCCUCUGGUUCAGCCUAGCCUAGCCGACAAUCCGCCCCCACUACCAUCCAUCCCGGAAUAUUCUCGGCCUGGAACGUCCUCAAGGAAUAAUGCCCCCGUUCCUUUUCCUCCUCCGGCAGCAGAUAGAACCUGGAGCUCUCAUCAGGUCUCGGACUCUCGCCAGACUUCAACCUCCAAUCAUGAUUAUUCGGUUGGCUGGCCUCACGCCCCACCGGGAAUAUCCAAUGUGAAUGGAUUGUUAUCACCUCCACCCCGCCUCGAAGAACCUCCACCAUCUACCCGUGACCGUUAUCGACACCAACAGAAUCCCAUGCCCGACCCUCAUAAUCAGACCAGCAACACCCGUACCUACCGUCAAAAUUCGACCAAUUUUGCCUCGCUAGACCAACGGGGUCAACGGGAGGCAAGUGAGACUAGCGGGGGCUGGCAGGACGACAGCCCAAAUCAACCAGCCACGUCCUCCAGCAAUUGUACAGGCUAUCUUCCAAUCCAACAGUUGCAAAAAUUACAUAACGGCAGGCUCACUCAUCACUUUGAGCACACUCUCCCUUUGGAAAAGAAUCAUGAGGAGGUUCCUGACACCUCUCAGGCGUACAUGGAUAUUAGAGGAGACUUGCUUAGGCAGGUGGGUACCUGGGUGAGCCAGAGCCAAUAUCCCGCAGGAGGGCAGCCCCCGACAUCAAGCAAUACACACCAUAACGCUUUCCACGGAAUCGAUUCUCAGACCCACGAGUUUAAUAGAAGUUUUGCCGGGCAAUUUCCUCCCGGUGACGCGGAUGCUCAGAUGAUAGACAUCCAAGUUUUCACGGAAGAGUCGGUCCGCCUUUGGAAUGAAAUCAAACAGUUAGCCGGAUAUAGUUUUCCGGACUAUAACCUUCGGUGA